CUGACGUCGGAAUAUAUCUGCUACGUCGCGUAAGUUAUAGACAUAAAUACGGAAAAACUUCAUUCAGCAUGUGUUCGUAGAUUCGGUCGUCCAUGAUGAUAUCACAAACUGAAUAUUCAAUAACUUUUUCAUUCUUGUCGUUUGUAUACGGUUCGAAUACAUUCGUUAAAUAAUAGAAGAGGCUAACGCAGUAGUCUUUAAAAGUACCUCCGAACGUUCGACCGCUUAGAAAGCCUCGUACUGCUGACGAAAUCGCAUCCACUAUUUGGACAAUUGUCAAAAGAACUUAUCUAAGAUAAAAAAGUAUUGUGCUUCAAAAUUAAACGUGCCCGUAAAACCUCAUCAUGUCAACUAAAGAUAUUACUAAAUUUUCACCAAAACAGCUGGAAGAAUUUUUACAAUCCUUCGAUACAGUGUUAAGUGAUAUAGACGGAGUCUUAUGGCAAUUGAAUAAACCAAUUGAAGGUGCUUCCGAAACUUUAACAAAAUUGCAAAACUUUGGCAAAAAAGUGUAUCUAGUCACGAAUAACAGCACGAUAUCAUCAGAACAUUAUUAUAAGUCCGUUGAAUGUACCCGUUUGAAUUUACCUUCGGACCACAUAAUCAACACUGUAAAACUAAUUAUUUGGUAUCUGAAGAAGAUUGACUUUCAAGGUGAGGUUUUAGCCAUUGUUCCAGUUCGAACUCGAAAACUUUUCAAAGAGGCAGGAAUACGAUUGACAGAGCAACCACGUGUUUUCGAAACAGAUCCAGUUGCGACCAUUAAAGAAGUCCUUGAUAGACCAUCUGUUAAAGCAGUUGUUUUUGAUUUUGACAUAACUUGCAACUGGUCAAUGCUAGCAUUAGCAGUAUCAUGUCUCAAACGUAAGGAUGUGUUGUAUAUAACAGGAGCAACAGAUGAAUGGCUCCCCGUAGGAUCAAUGACUAUCAUGGGUCCUGGACCACUAAUGAAUAUGAUCAAUACGCUGUCUGGAAGGAAACCAAUUUCAUGUGGCAAACCUAGUCAAAAUUUAAAAGAUUAUAUUUUAGAAAAAAGCAACAACCUAGAAAGAUGUUUAUUUAUCGGUGACACGGCUAAGCAGGACAUGAAGUUUGCUUCGAUGUGUGGAUGCAUAAAACUUUUGGUUGGCACAGGACUUGAUACACUAGAAAAGACACAACAAGAAGAUGAUACCUGUCCAGAUUACUAUCUUCCUAGCUUAGGUCAGUUAUUUUCCGUCUGUAGCGAUGCACAAUAUGUUACCAACAAAUCAUAGUUCAUGGUUUAUGAAUUGGUUAAAAAAAAAAAAAAUUAUUAAUAACAAUAUCAGUUAAGCUCAAAUCAGCUAUUUAUAAGUAAUGAUAAUAUUAC